CUUUCUCUGCCUCUGCAUCUGCUCUCUCUCUCUCUCUCCACCCAUUCAUUCUAUAUUUACUUCUUCCCCCCCAAUCCACCCCAACAAUGUGUAAACACAUCCUCAACGCCCAAGUGGCCAUCCGCUCAGCCUGCUGCAAGAAAUGGUUCGACUGCGCAGAAUGCCACCAAGAAAGCGAAACGCACAUGCUCACCAAGUCCGACGAGAUGACCUUCGCCUGCAAGAAAUGCAAGAAAUGCUUCCGCAAAAACACCGCCGAGUUCGACGAGAGUGAUGAGUACUGCCCCCACUGCGACAACCACUUUGUUAUUGAAGCGGUGACGCCCACGCCGACGUUGCACGUUGAGGGUGAGGAUGCGAGGAUUGAUGCGAGAAUGCUCAAGGACGAUCGCGUGCGCGGACACCAGGAGAAAUCCAUCUUCAACUUCAAGGAUCUUUCGGAUCGGAUGGGCUGAAUUGCCUCUUCUCUCUUCCCUCGUACGCCUGCUCCUACCCACUCCUACAUACUCCGACUCCCGCACACGCCGGAGAUCACGACGAUAUCCACGAUCCCAUGCAUACAUACAUACAUACGUACUUUACAUAUUUCCUUUAUAAUCUUCUUGUAUAUCGACUACAUUCUAGAACCUCAAUAUCCAUAUCUAUAUCGGUCUUCAUAUU